AUGUGCUCUGGCGAGUUAGGAACACAAUCGCUACCUCCCCCAGCAUUGCCCCAGUUGGUCGCAGAACAACACACUACCAUACCAUCAACGGAUAAGGACUCUCAGCGACUGAUAGUCGUGCUUUCGAACGCAAGCCUUGAGACCUAUAAAGCAUCUCAUGGUGGCAGCAGCAGAACCGGUGUUCAUCGCGAGGACAAAUAUUCUUUGCUCAAUAGCGACGAGCAUAUAGGAGUCAUGCGGAAGAUGAAUCGUGAUAUCAGCGAUGCUCGUCCAGACAUCACACAUCAGUGUCUACUAAGUUUGCUAGAUUCGCCCAUCAACAAGGCCGGUAAAUUGCAGAUUUACAUACACACAGCAAAGGGCGUAUUGAUCGAAGUGUCUCCCUCCGUGCGAAUACCGAGAACAUUUAAGCGAUUUGCUGGCCUCAUGGUCCAAUUACUUCACCGGUUGUCGAUCCGAUCCACCAACUCGAACGAAAAGCUACUUCGUGUGAUUCAGAACCCAAUCACUGACCACCUGCCCCCGAAUUGCCGAAAAGUGACGCUCAGCUUUGAUGCUCCGCUUGUUCGCGUACGUGAGUAUAUGGAAUCAAUCGGGUCGAAGGAGAGUAUUUGCGUCUUUGUUGGGGCCAUGGCAAAAGGUUCCGACACUUUUGCCGACUCGAUUGUUGACGAGAAGAUAUCUAUCAGCAACUACUCACUUUCAGCCAGUGUGGCAUGCAGCAAAUUCUGCCACGCGGCGGAGGAUGAAUGGGAUAUUCUUUAG